AUACAUCACUCGCAGUGAAGCCGGCUGCGAAGUCGCUUGCCGCUCAUAACAAAUAUUUUCAUUAGUUUUAUAUAAAAUGAUUUACUUUAUGUUACAUUUGGUCGCAAUUAUAGUAAAUUCACAGACUGGCUGCGCUGAAGUUAGUACACGUCUACCUAUCGGAGGGCUAUUUAAUUCGAAGACAUUACCGAAUUCCGCUUUGGCCUUCGAAAAUAUACUCAAGAUCGGUACAACUAACGCCUAUCAUGGGAAAUUAAUUGCAGCACAAGUCACUGAUAGCUAUUCUACGGCAUUAGAGAUGUGCGCGAACACCUCGUCUGACGAUGGAAUAGUGGCACUAGUUGAUGCCAGACCAACGAACGGAAUUUGUGAUGUCACGUGUUCGAUAUGCAACAAACUUAACAUAUCACAUUUAAUCCUGGGAUGGCAGCCGCCAGCGACACUCGAAAAUGAUAUGUACUCAUUUUUCUAUCACCCGUCACCGGAAAUAAUAUCAAGAGCCUUUGCAACUCUCAUAAAGACUCUAAAUUGGGACAAGUUCACUAUUCUUUACGAAGACGAAGGCAGUUUUAUCCGCCUUCAAGAAAUUAUAAAUACGUGGCCGUAUAAAAAUGAUCAAAUAUUAUUUAAAAGGUUGGAUCCCAAUGGCGACAACAGAGAAACUUUUAAGUAUAUAUUUAAAGUGGUGCACAUGAGUUACCAUGUUUUAGACUGUGCUGUUGAUAAUGUGAAGACUUAUAUGGAACAGAUGACAGAAGUUGAAAAUUCAACUCAAUAUCAGAGUUUUAUAUUAACAGCACUUGAUGCCUAUACAAUAAAUCUUGAAGAUCUCGCCGACUUCAGGGCCAAUGUAUCAACAUUGCACCUAACUAUGCCCAACGACAUACGAUGGAUAGACAAAGAUAUGAGCAAUUAUAAUAUUCGGUUGGAGACGGCCUUGACUGCGGAUGCGUUGGGUCAUCUAGACAAAGCUAUAAGAAGUAUGCUGAUGGAGAUCGAGGAUCAAGAAGAAUAUUCUAGAAGACUAAUACCGAUAGCAGAUCCGCCAUCAUUAUGUUUUAUGAAGAGUAAGGAGUAUGAAGAAGCAGCCUGGCCUCAAGGGGCAGCAUUACGGGACGCUUUAUUAAAGACCACUUAUAAAGGUUUCACUGGUAAUGUAAACUUCGACAAAUAUGGAAAAAGAACAAAUUUCGUCCUCCAUUACUCCAAACUAAGUAACGAGAGUCAGUUUAUUUACGUCGGCAAAUGGGACUAUAAGACUGACACACUGUACACUGAAAAAGACAUCACGGAAAGAUCUUCAGCAAAAAGUUCCAAGUCAGUUAUACGGAUUGUGUCAAGAAAAGGCAAACCUUAUUUUGAUUUCUCCAACGAAACCACAACAUUCCGAGGAUAUGCUGUGGAUCUGAUAGACAAGAUAUUUGAGCACAUGAGAAACAAUGGAAAGGAUCUGAAGUAUGAGUUUUAUAGAGUUAGCGGUGAUGACUAUGGCCAUCCCAUUGCUGGCACCAAAAAAUGGAGUGGACUUAUAGGAGAGGUCCUCGAUCAUAAUGCCGAUCUUGCAAUAUGUGAUCUUGCUAUCACAUCAGAAAGGAACGCCCUAGUAGAUUUCUCGACACCCUUUAUGUCUUUGGGGAUCGGUUUGUUGACCAAAGAACCGGAGCCAGAAGAACCUGACAUGUUCUCUUUCAUAAAACCUUUGUCUUUGGAUGUGUGGCUGUAUUUAGCUACGAUAUAUAUUAUUGUAUCUUUUGUCCUUCUAAUAUGUGCUCGUAUGAGUCAAGAUGAUUGGGUGAAUCCCCACCCCUGCAAUCAGAAUCCGGAGAACUUACAAAACAUAUGGAGCUUGUACAAUUGCAUGUGGCUCACCAUGGGUUCCAUCAUGACCCAGGGCUGCGACAUAUUACCCAGGGCGGUGGGAUCUCGCUGGGUCGCUGGUAUGUGGUGGUUCUUCGCUCUUAUCGUCACAGCAUCUUAUACAGCCAACAUGUCCACCUUUCUCAGUGCAAGUCGUCGCAGCAAUGAUUUACAGGAAGUUUCGGACCUCGUUGAUCAAAAUUCCAUUUCCUAUGGUACUGUCGACAAUGCAUCUACUUACAGAUUUUUUGAAACAUCUAACGAUACUUUAUACAAGAAGCUGUGGAAUGUGAUGAAGUCAGCAAGACCUACCGUCUUCACCACCUCCAACGAGGAAGGUCGCGAUCGUGUCUUACGUAGUGAAGGAAAAUACGCGUUUUUCAUGGAGUCCACGUCUAUUGAAUAUUACAUGCAGAGAUUCUGUAGUCUUAAAAUGACUGGAGGGAAACUAGAUUCGAAGGAUUAUGGAAUAGCAAUGCCGAAAAAUUCACCAUACAAAAGAGGAAUUGACAACGCGAUACUAGCGCUCCAAGAAUCAGGAGAAUUGUUGAAGUUAAAAACGAAAUGGUGGGAAAAAGAGGACAAUGCUUUGGAUUGUAAGAAAACUGAAACCGAGGAAAACAGCGGCUCUGUGCAAAUGAAAAAUACAAGCGGGAUCUUUAUUGUCCUUGCUUCUGGGGGCCUUAUAGGAUUCUUAGUAGCAAUUAUAGACUUCCUGUUGCAUGCUAAGAAGAUUUGUGUCACUGAAAAGGUGUCGUUUAAAGAAGCGGUUGUGAGCGAGUGGAAUGCAUCCUUGGAUCCUCGUGCCUUACACCGCCUGGCUGCGCCGCCACGUUCUGCAGCCCCUUCUACAGCAUCACCGUCUCGGGAGCGUUCACAGUCUCGGGCAGUCUCAGUACUCCGAGCAGCCACAAGUUUCAUCAACUUCGAUGAAAUAUAUUGAUAUAUCUGAAUCAUCAAACCCUUGAAUAUGUAAUAUAUAAUACUUUUGUAAAUGAUUCUGUAUUGACAACUAUUUAUCAAUACUGCGAUGAAAAUAAAUGACUAUAGUAAUAAAUAACUUAACAUAAGCUGUAAUAGAAAUUAAACAGAAAUUUUAAGGUCAUGUAUUAUUCAAAUAAUGUUCUGUAAAUCUUAAUAAGAUAAAAUUUUAGCAGUCCUAGCGACCAAUGAAUACAAGUAAGUUACUGUAUAAGAAUUUUCAAUAUAACAGCCAAUAUGAAACGUAAUAAUAUAUUGAAUAACUAAAGCAAUGCAUUAAUAAAACAAUGUUAUGUAAAAAACGUAACCCAUUUCUUCGUUUCAUUCGUUUAAUUAAAUAAAAAAAAAAAUAUGAGAAUGCACAGCACUUAAAACCUGAGUAUAAAAAGUUCUUAUAUGUUUUACAUAAAUAUUUUAGAAGUCUUAAAAUCAUAAGACCAGCGUAUUUUUUUAUAUACGGUAACAUCAUGAGCUUGUGCAAGGAGGUUGCGAAUGGUUCCCGCCCCGAGAUAUAUACAUCUCAGAGGCAGAAUAACGAUUUUAUCAGAAUAUAUGUGAUUUAUUUGUUUUACUUCUGUUUAAUAAUAAACAUAUGAUUUAAGAGAAAUCCUUCUUGAAUGGCUAAAGAUACAAUAUCUAAUUACAUUUUAUAAUACAGAAAAAAUAAUAUAUAUAACGACCAUACUCAUUACGUAAUGACCUAAGCUAUGAAUAUAAACUGUUUGAUUCAUUUAUUAAAAACAUCAAGAUGGGCUAAAUCCAGUACAGAGCGUAACACCGACGAUGCUCUGGAAGCAAUGUUUUCUGAUUUAGCUGACGAUGAUCGAGAAAUGUUGACAGGCUUCUCAGUUUCCCAAAAGCUCAAAGCGAAUUUCAA